AAAAUUUGUCGAUAAAACACAUUUCGAACCGAACACUGAUUUUGGUAAUAAAAUUUAAUGAUUUGCAAGCGUUGCUCGUUAGUAAGUCUAUUCAUGAUGAAAUGUCAAAGCAUACUGAGCAUCUUUCUCUUUGACACCAUGUCUGAAAUCCCACGUGAUCUGUCAAAUACUAAUGCAUGAAAAUCCUAACCUCAAAAAAAUCACCCGUUAUUUCAUUGGGAUGGUAAGAUUCUUCCCGAUAUUUUGAGCAAUGAAAAAGUAGAUCGUUUGUCAGUAAUAGUUUCUGCAGACGGUAAGGAAAAAUUGCUUGGAGUACCAAAACUUGUAAGUGGCACUGGCUAUAACUCGGCUAAUGCAGUAUAUGACGUACUAACAGAAUGGCAUUUGGAGAAAAACAUAGUCGGCAUGUGUUUUGACACUACAGCCGUCAAUACAGGGUUGAAAAAUGGAGCUUGUGUUUUGCUGGAACAUAAAACUGGAUCUAUUAUGGCUAGCAUGCAGGCUUAAUAUUUUAGAGACUGUUCUCAGUAAGGUAUUUACUUUUUGUUUUGGGCCAUCCAGCUCUCCUGACAUUCCCUUGUUUAAAAGGUUUCAGGCAGCAUGGCCAUCAAUUCACUUAAAUAACUUAAAACCAUUGGAAAAAGCUACUGACAAAGACAAUUUAAAUGUUAAUGCAGUAAAUUCUUUAUUAGAUAUCUUAAUGACGGAAACCCAAUCCAGAGACGAUUACAUGGAGUUAAUAGAGCUAUCACUACUAGGCCUGGGCCAUUCUCUAGAUAAUGUUCAUUGGAGAGCUCCGGGUGCCUUACACCGUGCUCGCUGGAUGGCAAAACUCUUAUACGCCAUUAAAAUCUUCUUGUUUCGUGAGGAAGAUGUUUUUGAAACCACACAAAGGGAAAAAUCACAGCUAGAACGCUUUGUGAAAUUUAGAAUGCUUGUAUAUGUGAAAUAUUGGUUUGAGGCUCCUAUGGCUGCAAAUGCUCCUUGGUCAGACCUUUCUCUAUGGAAAGACAUGACCACUUAUGAAGCUAUUGAUCCACAAAUAAGUGAAGUGGUUAAAAAUGCUAUAAAAUCCCAUCUUUGGUACCUCUCGGAUGAAUUAGUUGGGUUGAGUUUGUUCUCAGAUAAAGUAACAAAUAAUGCAAAUGCUGAAACUGUCAAAAAGAUAAGAUGUGAACCUACUGACCGAAAAGUAAGAGGUGAUUCGUCACUUUUAAGUGACCAAGCCGAAUUGGCCGAUUUUGCCAAUCAAAGAUCUUUGCAGGUGUUUGAAAAGGUAAAGAUAAAUUCAACGUUUUUAAACACAGAUCCAAAUGAAUGGAACAUCAAUCAGCAUUGGAGGGAAACAAAUCGUAAGAAACCUGAAAGUUGUUAAUGAUAUUGCUGAGCGUGGAGUCAAACUGUUUGAUGACUUCAAUAAGCUUCUAACAAAUGAUGAAGAAGAGAAGCAGUUGCUCCUACAAAAGGUAGAAGCUAAUAGAAAUUGG